AUGUCAUUCAACACUACCUCUGGCCUCUGGCAGAGACUUGAGUCCGCUGCGGCUGAAUUGCCAGAAAGCCGCCAGCAUGCUACUGGAGCGGUUAUUGGAGACACUUUCUAUGUUAUCGGUGGACGCCGAUACGGCCAGAUAUAUCAUCGAGACACGGUUUUCGAGCUCGGUCUGCAGAAUAUUGAAGCGGGCUGGAGGACGAGCAGCGGCCAUAUGCCUACCUCCCGCGGAGGCAUCUUUGGGGGUGCUGUUGAUGGGAAGUUCUACAUUUUCGGUGGUGAAGGAAAUCGAGGUUCCAAUACCGGUGUUUACAACCGAACGGAGAUGUUUGAUGUUGCCUCGGAGCAAUGGAUCAAGUUGAUGCCCAUGGCUGUUCCUCGUCAUGGUACUCAAGCUGCGGUGGCAGGGGGAUGUAUCUAUAUCCCUGGUGGUGGCCUUCAGGAGGAUGGCAAGGAGGUCAUAGUGGGUGGAAUGACGACUUACCAUAAUCCUACCUCUCACUUUGUUGCUUACUGUCCUUGA